AUUUUUUGUAGGUGAUUAUGCUCCCAAGAUGCGAUACUUUCAAAGAAAUUAUAUUUACUCCUAGACUGAUAGCCUUUAAUGAGAGCUUUGUUCCAGUUGGUACUUCUAAAACUUCUACAGUUGCUGUUCUAUGGCAUGAAGCUAUUUCUGGAAGAAAAAAGGCUGAUAUUGUUAGCACAUUUUAUGCAUUUUUAAACAAAAUUAGGGAUUCCGAAGAAGUUGUUAUUUGGCUGGAUAAUUGUUCCGGUCAGAACAAAAAUUGGUGCUUGUACACAUUUUUUGUGUAUGCUGUAAGCUCAUUAGAAUUGAACAUUAGGAAAAUAACCCUAAGAUAUUUUGAGUCAGGUCAUACAUUUAUGGCAGCUGACUCAUUUCACCAUAGAGUCGAGCAAUCAUUAAAUCGAAAAGGUAAAGUUUAUGACUUCGUUGAUUUUGUAGAUGCGGUUAAAACGUCAACACGUAAUGUCGAAGUUAUCGACAUGGCUUUUAAUGAUUUUUACAACUGGAAAGACGAAUCAUCUCAAUAUAAAAUAACAAGGUUGGUCCCUCGUCCGUACCUUCAACAAAUGGUAGAAGUUCAGUUCAUCAGAGGUUUCCAUACAUUUGGUUAUAAAACUAGUUUUGAAGGAGAAAUCAUAAGUGCCAAUUUUUUAAAGGCUAAUAUCCAAAAAAAUGGCAUUGCAAAACCACUCUCUAUCUCUCAACCACGAGGUAUUACCAUGGAAAGAAAACAGAAUAUAAUCACUAAAAUUGGUCAAAUAAUGCCCCCAAAUCGCAUUGCAUUUUGGAAAAAUAUUUUUGUCAGCGAAAAUGUGGACACAAUUGAUGAUUAAUAUAAUAUAAUAACUAGUUCGGAGUAGAAAAUUAAGUAUUAAUCAUUAAUAUUUGUUUGACUAAGUAUGAU